AUGUUGUUGCUCGACUACCAAAACAUUGUCUCCGACUUUGACGGUGUCACCUUCCACAUUUCGACCCCCACAUCAAAGACAAAGAUCCUCAUCUCCAUCAACAUCAAAUGCUACCACGAGCUCGUCAAGUAUGGCGCUGAACAGGUCCUUCAGCGUGAAUACGAGGGCUACAUUGUCCAGCCCGAGUCUGGCUAUGACUUCUCCGUCGAGAUUGACCUCGAAAACCUCCCUCAGGACGAACAAGCCCGCAUCGACCUCAUCUCCCGCCUCAGUCUGCUAAAGCGCAACGCCAUGGCUGCUCCCUUUGAGCAAGCCUUCGACGAAUACCAAGCUCUCCACGAGGAGGCAUCCAAAUACACUUCCGAAUCCGCUCCUCAAGGUGUCCUUGAAGGUGGUCAGGUCAGAGCCAUCCACUACCGUGAGGAAGAGGCCAUCUACGUCAAGGCCAGUCACGACCGUGUCACCGUCAUCUUCAGCACAAUCUUCCGCGAGGAGACAGAUCGUAUCUUUGGCAAGGUCUUCUUGCAAGAGUUCGUCGAUGCCCGUCGCAGAGCCAUUCAGAACGCUCCCCAAGUCCUCUUCCGUCACGACCCGCCUCUGGAGUUGCAGGGCAUGGCCGGUCUGCCUCCCUCUGGCACUGCUGACGUCGGCUACGUUACUUUCGUUCUGUUCCCUCGCCAUCUCCAACCCGCAAGAAGAUACGAAGUCAUUUCUCACAUCCAGACUUUCCGCGAUUACUUCCACUACCACAUCAAGGCUUCAAAAGCCUACAUUCACUCAAGAAUGCGCAGACGAACUGCCGACUUCCUCCAAGGUGAGAGUUUUGCUUGCAAGACGUUCNUCCUUCGUCGUGCAAGACCAGAGGCCGAGGAAAAGGAGCGCAAGACUGCCAGUGGCAGAACCUUCAGAGUCCAGGCAUAG